UGUCCGGACACCCCUGCCUUCCCCUCUCUCAGCCUCCCAUUCCUUUCCUCUGUGACUCAUGUAAAGUGACUCAGUUUCAGGGAAAGAGGGUUCAUGUGGACUGAGCAGAGGCCUGAGAGGACGGGCUGGGGAAGACACCGUGAUGCCCACGACCCCCUCCCACAAAGCAGCUGCCUGUUCCAAGUGCAAAGGGCCCCUGGAGGAUGCAGUGACCGCCGCCUGCGGACACACCUUCUGCCGGCUGUGCCUUCCUCCGCCCUCCCAGAUGGGGGCCCAGCCCUCCGGCAGGGUCCUUCUCUGUGCCCUCUGCGAGGAGAAGGAGCCGAGCGAGACCCUCCUGGUCCCCGUGCCCUUGGGCCCUCUCGGGGAGACUUACUGCGAGGAGCAUGGCGAGAAGAUCUACUUCUUCUGCGAGAAUGACGCUGAGUUCCUCUGCGUGUUCUGCCGGGAGGGUCCCUCCCACCAGGCCCACGUCGUGGGCUUCCUGGAUGAGGCCAUCCAGCCUUACCGGGACCGUCUCAGGAGUCGGCUGGAAGCUCUGAGCACAGAGAGAGAUGAGAUUGACAACAUGAAGAGCCGGGAAGCCCAGAAGCUCCAAGUGCUCCUGACUCAGAUUGAAAGCAAGAAGCAGCAGGUGGAAGCGGCUUUUGAGAGGCUGCAGCAGGAGCUGGGGAAACAGCAGCACCUCCUGCUGGCCAGGCUGACGGAGCUGGAGCGGCAGAUAUGGAAGGAGAGGGAUGAGUAUCUCUCCAAACUCUCUGAGGAAGUGGCCCGGCUGGGAGCCCAGGUCAAGGAGCUGGAGGAGAAGUGUCAGCAGCCAGCAAGUGAGCUUCUGCAAGAUGUCAGAGUCAACCAGAGCAGGUGUGAGAUGAAGACUUUUGUGAGUCCAGAAGCCAUUUCUCCUGACCUUGUCAAAAAGAUCCGCGAUCUCCACAGGAAAAUACUCACCCUCCCAGAGAUGAUGAGGGUGUUCUCUGAAAAUCUGGUGCAUCAUCUGGAAACAGAAUCAGAGGUCGUCACUCUGGACCCUCAGACCGCCAGCCGGAGGCUGGUCCUCUCCGAGGACAGGAAGUCUGUGAGGUACACCCGGCAGAAGCAGAACCUGCCCGACAGCCCCCUGCGCUUCGAGGGUCUCCCGGUGGUGCUGGGGUCCCCCGGCUUCUCCUCGGGGCGCCAUCGCUGGCAGGUGGAGGUGCAGCUGGGGGACGGCGGCGGAUGCACGGUGGGGGUGGUCGGGGAGGAGGUGAGAAGGAAGGGGGAGCAGGGCCUGAGCGCCGAGGAGGGCGUCUGGGCGGUGGUCCUCUCCCACCAGCAGUGCUGGGCCAGCACCUCGCCGGGGACCGACCUGCCGCUGAGCGACAUCCCGCGCCACGUGGGCGUCGCCCUGGACUACGAGGCGGGGCGCGUGGCCCUGCUGGACGCCGACACCCAGGCGCCCAUCUUCACCUUCACCGCCUCCUUCUCCGGCAAAGUCUUUCCCUUCUUCGCUGUCUGGAAAAAGGGUUCCUGCCUUACCUUGAAAGGCUGAAGCAGGCCGUCCAGUGGGCAGUGCGGCGCCCGGGGAUCCAGCGCCGACCCCUAGACGAUUCGUUAGGACACGGGAUCUCCGAGUCCCUAUAGUUUUGUAAUUUUUUUCAUUUUAUUUAUCGUAUGUCUUUCAACUCCCAGAAGUCCCUGGUCACCCGGCUGACGCUCCUGCCUUCUGUGCACCCUCGAGGGGAGAACCAGAGAUAGGCAGGUUGCUACCAGGGCAACCAAGUGGAGUAGUCAGUGGGUUUUGGGGGGUGAAA